UAAGGAAGAUUUUAAAGAAGAGAAUAACUAAGGCGAAAAGGGAGGCGGGGCACAGUCCAAGGAAGGUGGUAGGGCAAACGGUUGGAAUGAAAACUGGUGUGGUCUUUAACUGAAAUUUGCAUAAAACGGAACCCUCCAGGUGACUACAACUUCACCCAUUUAUUGGUAGCCCCUGUGCGGCACCUCCCCUCGCCUCCGAGCAGAGCAUGCCGGGAGAUGUAGUUCCGAGUUCGGUUGCUAUGGCGGUCUCGACAGCUCAGAGAGUCCGGGAGUGACGAGCGGCCUGGCCAAUGGGAGUAGGGCCUGGGCCGGCGGGGGCGGGCUCUCUGCAGAAGGACUCGAAGGUGGCAGCGGCGAAGGGGCAGGCCGUUAGAGCCUCUCGGAAGCAGGUGACUAUGAAAGGCUUAUAUUUUCAACAGAGUUCCACAAAUGAAAAAAUAACAUUUGUAUUUCAAGAACGGGAAAAUCUUCCUGUUGCAGAGGAUAACUAUGUGAAACUUCAAGUUAAAGCUUGUGCUCUGAGCCACAUAAAUACAAAGCUUCUGGCAGAAAUGAAGAUGGAGAAGGAUUUCUUUCCCGUUGGGAGAGAAAUUGCUGGAAUCGUGUUAGAUGUUGGAAGUAAGGUAUCAUUUUUUCAACCUGAUGAUGAAGUAGUCGGGAUCCUACCCCUGGAUUCUGAAGACCCUGGACUCUGUGAGGUUGUGCGGGUGCAUGAGCACUACUUGGUUCACAAGCCGGAAAAAGUGUCGUGGACAGAAGCCGCUGGGACCGUUCGGGACGGAGUGCGAGCCUACACCGCUCUGCAUUACCUUUCGCGGCUCGCCCCCGGGAAGUGGGUGCUGAUCAUGGACGGAGCAAGCGCGCUUGGGACAAUAGCCAUUCAGUUAGCGCACCACAGAGGAGCCAGAGUGAUCUCCACAGCGUGCAGCCCGGAAGACAAGCAGUACCUGGAAGGACUCCGGCCUGCUCUCGCCCGAGUGAUCGACGUGUCCGGUGGGAAAGCCCAUGUUGCUGAAAGCUGUUUGGAAGAAACAGGUGGCCUGGGAGUGGAUAUUGUCCUGGACGCUGGAGUGAGAUUAUAUAGUAAAGAUGAUGAACCCGCUGCAGAAUUACAACUACUACCACAUAAGCAUGAUAUCCUCACUCUUCUGGGCGUCGGAGGCCACUGGGUGACGACAGAGGAAAACCUGCAGCUGGAUCCUCCAGAUAGCCACUGCCUCUUCCUCAAGGGAGCAACGGUGGCUUUCCUUAACGACGAAGUUUGGAAUUUGUCAAAUGUACAACAAGGGAAAUAUCUUUGUGUCUUAAAAGAUGUGAUGGAGAAGUUAGCAACUGGUGUUUUAGGCCUCGUCUGGAUGAGCCUAUCCCGCCUUAUGAGGCCAAAGUCUCCAUGGAAGGGGUCCAGAAAAAUCAAGGAAGAAAAAAGCAAGUUGUUCAGUUUUAAUUUUGUUAUCUCCCAGAUCUCAGUUGAAUGAACCCAUUCCAGUAUUUGAAGCCAGAGUUUCCUUGGAAAUUGUUCAGAAAAGUCAAGGAAGAUAAAAGCAAGUUGUUCCAUUGUUAAGCAUGCUUUCCUGCUAUCUGAGACGAGAUGGUGAUUUAUUUCAAAUACCUGAAACGUAUUUGAAAAGUUAAUGUACAAACAGCCGAGACCAGUCUGUAAUUAACACCUGAAGGGAAUAUUCUGGAA